AUGAAGAAAAGCGAAAUUAAUUCUGAGGAAGUUCGUCUUUCAACUAUAUUAAACGUUCCUGCUCCGCAGCGUUUUAUUGUCCUCGUAGUACUUUCAUUUUGGAUCUGGACAUGGAUUUUAAGAUUUUUCUCGCAUAGUAAUUUAGACAUAUCCCAAGUCAUACUCACCAGGGUACCGCACGAUAUACGUCCAGGCUAUACUUUACAACAAUUGCAUAGAACAGCCAGAAAUUUUGCUUUAAAAAUAACAAAGAUUAUCAUCCCGUUCCACUUUGCUACUGUGCUUCUUUUUGAAUACAAGAACGUCACAGAAGGUCCAUUUGGGAAUAUCGUCUACAUCGUUUAUUUUUUACCAUUGAUCCAGUCUGCCGUAAUAUUCUGGUUUCUAUUAAAGGAGUGUCAGAUAAUAAAGUAUUGUACCAGAAGAUGUUUGUUGAUAGAGUCAUCACCUCGUUGCUUAAGGAAUACCUACAUUUUACUCUCUGAUACGUUAACAUCAUUUGCGAAACCCUUAAUAGACUUCACAUUAUUCAGCUCUUUAAUUUUCAAAGAACCAUCCACACAUUUUGACUUGUUCGUGGCUUUGUUUCCUGUGCUAGUACGAUUAUUACAAUGUUUAAGAGAAUACCGUGUACUGAGUGACACAACUUUACUAUUCAAUGCAUUGAAAUACAGCUGUAACAUUCCUAUUCUUUUUUGCACCUGGCAGUCAAGAUUGUACGAGGAACCCAUCGAUAAAGAAAGACUACACCAUGUUCAAAGAUGGUUCAUGCUCCUCAAUUCUUGCUAUAGCUUGUUUUGGGACGUAAGAAUGGACUGGUCAUUGGACUCGUUAACAUCUUUGAGGUCCAGAUCCAAAAGUGCAGUCACAUUAAAAAAAAAAUUCUAUCAUUCCGCUAUUGUUGUUGACUUCGUACUCAGAUUCUGGUGGCUUUGGGUGUACUUAAUUCAAAAUUUGGAGUCCGUGGCAACUAGUAGCGACUGUCUUUUCUUCCAGGGCGAAAUGCAAUAUUUAGAAGUAAUUAGAAGAGGAAUAUGGAUAAUUUUCAAGUUGGAUGCGGAGUAUUAUAUCAAGUUUGCAAGCAAAUGA